UUUUUUUCACUAUAAUAUUAUCACAGUGUUUUUAAUUAAUUUUUAAAAUUAUAGAUGAGCAUUAAAAAAAAAAAUUCCACUCACCAAAUCACUUUGUUUCCAUCGAACCAGCCGGAGAAGUUUAUAAAAAAGCAAGAGUUAACUUCGAAGUCACCCGAACACUGUGCGACUUUCUGUCUAACGGCAGCUCAGCUCCAGAGUCGCUGAUUCGCUGGCUCGCGUCGAAGCGGGAGGAAGUAUCGACAAAAAUAUAGUCUUCCUUCACGCAACGUUUUAUUUAGAAAAUAUUCCUCUAUUUCUUAGGGAAACUCAUAAAAUAUUAACGUAAAAAAUGUACUAUCCAUUGUCGCAAAAUUCUUCGAACUUCUUACCGGGUAAUUUUAUAAGUCGACCCUUCUUGCAUUUGUCAUCGCUUCAUUUAUUAUUCACGCACUAUCGGCUAUUGACUUUCUAUAUUCUCCGAACAGCAGUCGUAUUUUACUCACAAAGUAAUACAAACCACAAAGAAAUAUUAUUUUUAGUUUCUUCGGUUUGACAAAGCGGCAAAUGUCGGGUUUAGAGAUGGCAAAUAUCGAAAGGGAUAUUCCAUCAUGCAAAGAAUUAUUUAGUGUGGAGUUGUUCGUUCUGAAAUGCCUCGGAUUAGGUUCUUUAAAGGGAGCCUUUGAAUUCGAUAAAGAUAAUUAUAAAAUACGCGCACUUAAAUUUUGGGAAAUUUUCCUUUGUUUCGCUGGUAUAUUUCUUUUAUCAACACUUAUUUACAGUUUGUUGACAUCUUUGCCUAUUUAUUUAGGCAAAGAUUUUUCUAUGACAUUGUUCAUCAUUUCUCUCGUUUUUUCUAUGCCGAUGACUACGAUGAAGCUUUUGAGAUUAUGGACCUCCCGGGUAAAGUUUUACCAAAUUUUGCAAAUAGUCAACAAAAUUUGGGAACAAGAUACUCGAAAAAGAGUCGAUUUAAAAGCUAAAAUAUUAAAAGUUAUCGAUGACAACAAAACUGUAAGGAGUUUGUAUGUAAUAACUGCUUUGACAUUGAAUAUUUGCUUCUCAUUGCGCCCAUUUAUUAUGUUACUUACCACGUACUUAACAUUGCCGGAAAACGAAACUAUGAUUUUCACGGAGCAGGCUUUCGCCGGGGUGCGUUACCCCAUAAGAUCAGACACCAUUAGCAGAUACACAAUCAUGAUGAUAGUGGAAUUCCAAACGUCAUGUUUUGCAAUCACGUACUUUAUUCUUCCCGAACUGUUGUUUGUAUUCUUAACAACUCUACUCACUGUUCAUUUUCUGGUGCUUGCUGAUGAUUAUGUCUCUAUAAUUGAUAUUUAUCAAAAAAAUAAUAAUAAUUUAUCAUCUAUUGACGCAAUGAUAAAACGUCAUUGUUCAUUACUAUAUGUAUGCCAGCAAAUAACGUAUCUGUACAGUCCGAUGGUUAUGGCGACGAUAAUCUUCAAUGGUAUAGAUCUAUGUUGUACUACUUUUGCCAUCCAAAAAGAUAUGGCCGCGGGUAGAACGGAAUCUUCACUCGCCCAAAAUUUACCCCACGCUUUAUUAUUAAUUUCUCAAAUGAUAAUCUACUGCAAUUGCGCGCACAUUACAUCUGAAGAGAUUGAAUCAUUGACAGAAGCAACGUACAAUUUGCGUUGGGUUGACGGAGAUAAAAAAUUUAUCAAAGCUGUGAUUUUUCUAAUGAUGAAUACUCAAAGAGGGUACAAUUUUACAGCCUACGGGUUUUUUACUCUAAAUCGCCCGCAAUUGACUCAGUUAUUUAAUACGACAAUGAGUUACUUUACGUUACUUAGAAAUUUUAUGUAACUAAUUACAAUUGAUAUAGUAGAGGUAGAGUAUAAAAAUGAUAAAUAGUAUUUAAGGAAAAAGUUAGCUACUGUUUCCUGCGGUAGAAAAUUAUAAUUAUUUAUUUCAUUAUAAA